AUGGAAAAGGAUGACUGGCGACGGGAAUCGCGAACGUCUCCGCGCAGACUGACUUCAGGGGAGAGGAAUUCGGCCUGGCGAGUGUCUAGACUGCGGUGUUUCUGGGACGCGGCGCGCUGGAGCCAGGAUCGGUCACUAGUGGCCGCCUGCACUGCCACCUGCUGGCUGUGGCCAGGAUUUCACGAGCGCUUAGCCGUUGUGAUGCAGGGACCCAGGCCCGGUGAAAACAAUCGCUUCAUAGUAUAUAUUUCUCAACUUUUGAUUGGAAUGGGAUCUGCUACUGUUCUUCUUUGUGUAUUGGGUUAUUUGGGAAUUCACAAUGAAAUCAGAUGGCUCCUGGUUCUGUAUGCAGUACUGUUAACGUGGGCCUUUGGUGUUCAGUUUGUAUUUUCAAUAUUCAUCUUCACAAAGAAAGAGGAGGUUCACCAACUGUGGCAUGAUAAAAUUGAUUUGGUCAUUUCUGAGUAUGGAUAUAGAGAUAAGCCUGAAAACAUAGCCGAGUGGACUAUUCUGGAUACUUUACAGAAAACAUUACAGUGUUGUGGCCAACACAAUUACACAGAUUGGAUAAAGAAUAAGAAUAAAGAAAACUCUGAACAGGUGCCAUGUUCUUGCACAAAUUCUACAUUAAGAAAAUGGUUUUGUGAUGAGCCACUGAAUGCAACUUAUCUAGAGGGUUGUGGAAAUAAAAUCAGCACAUGGUAUGAUGUUAAUGCUUUAACCUUAAUUGGAACUAACUUUGGACUUUUGGCUUUAGAGGUUUUGCAAGUCUCAUUAGCUGUUGCUUUCUUGAGACAUAUCAAGAAUAGAAUACAUGCAGAAAUGUAAUCUUUGAAUUUUAAUUUGUCCAGAAGAAACUAGUUAAUUCUCAAAGUAAUCACAUUGUAGUUUUUAUACCAAAACUAUUUUAAAUUUCAUUAACUAAGUUUAGGAUCUAUUCAAGUCAUUGUUUAUAUGUAACA